AUGCUAAUAAAAUCCAAUUUGCUAUUGAUUGCUUUGGUAUGCAUAUGCGCCGCAGAUGAGCCAUACUUUGUUUCUUUGAAAACUACUGAAUCUUUGGACAAUUUCAUGGAAUACGAUCAAAGAUAUCCCAAACAUCUCCAAGUACGAGACCUCAUAAGCUCUUCGGUGUCAAUCGGCGAAUUCAAAGGUUUCGCAGGGAAUUUUCCGAAAGAAAUUAUUGACAGGUUGAAACGGUGUCCACUAAUUCAGGAAAUCAUCGAAGAUUCAACCUUUGAAAACUUAGAAUACGAAGUUCAAGACAAUGCCCCAAGGCAUUUGGCACGGGUCAGUAGGAGAAAACGGUUGAGGCCAAAUAAGCAAUAUCCAUAUAUUUAUGAUAAUAAAUUUAUGGGACAGGGGGUAAAUGCGUACGUCAUUGACUCUGGAGUUGAAGUUAACCACCCGGAGUUUGAGGGUCGGGCAUCAGCAGGAAUCGAUUUCACUAACGAAGGAUCAGGUGAUUCAAAUGGUCAUGGCACUCAUGUCGCAGGGUUGAUUGGUUCUGCAACUUACGGGGUGGCCAAGAAUGUGAAUAUCGUGGAAGUGAAGGCUUUGAAUAGUAAUGGAGCAGGCUCAUUGAGCACCAUUCUUUCAGCUAUCGAUUUUGUUGUCAAGCAUCGUAUCGAUUCAGGGAUGAAGGGAGUCGCAAACUUGUCCUUAGGUGCAUACAAAAAUCAUAUACUCAACAAGGCAAUAGAACAUGCCACCAAGACGGGACUAAUAUUUGUGGUGGCAGCGGGUAAUUCGAAUAUAAAUGCUUGUACGACAAGUCCGGCUAGCUCAAAAUAUGCAAUAACUGUAGGGGCUAUUGAUGAUUAUAAUGAUUCGGUGGCAGGGUUUUCAAAUUGGGGUGAAUGUGUGGACUUGUUUGCAAGUGGGGCUUAUGUUAAGAGUGUUAACGCACGAAACCCUUAUAGUUCCCUGGUUCUAUCUGGUACCUCAAUGGCAUCCCCAAUAGUCACGGGGAUGGUUGCUAAUUUAUUGAGUGAAGGAGUGGCUCCUUCAAAAAUUAAACCCACCUUGUUGAAGAUGGCAGCAAAGAAUCGUAUAACAAAGUCAUCACUCUUUUUGAGGAAGCAUACACCCAAUAGGAUUGUGUACAAUGGAAUCAAAGAAAAGGCAUUGUUGGCCGAGAAACUAUCAGAUGAGAAUGAGAAUGAGAAUGAGAAUGAGAAUGAGUGA